AUCGCUGGGGGUGCGCCCAUCCUCCAACUUUCAGCACUUCUGGUUUCAACAGUGAUAUAUAUAGGUUUUGUGCACAUCUCUGCAGAGACACAGAGAGCAAAGUGUCCUACAGACCAUCAGUGUCUCACCGUCUCAGUCAGAGCUGCCUCCUUUGGUACAAGAUGAUCCUGCUGCUCGGUCUGCUUUGCUGGAUCUGGGGAGAACCUGCUCGGAGUCUGGAGGAGGACGGAGGUUUCAGCCUUGAAGGGGACCUCCGCCAUCUCAAAGUGAGCAACAGCUCUGUUUAUAUCGCUACAGAGGAGAAGCUUUACCAGCUGAGCCAUGACCUGGCUCUGAUCCACAGCCUGACCCAAAGAGGGAUCUUAAACAACUCGGUCCAAGAGGACAAAGAGUUUUACCGAGUCUCCAAGGAUGCUGUUGCCUGGAACGCAACUUUCAGUGUUAAUGUUUUAUUACCGUUUGUGAACAAUGACACAUUGGUCAGCUGUGGUGUCACAAACAAGGACUGUUACUGUGAGGUUCUGGACCUUAAGAACAUCUCUAAGGUUCUGUACAGAGAAGCCUUCCCGGUGGGACCUCAGAGUAGAAACAGUCAGUCUGUCAGCUUCCUGGUGGAUGUGAAGAAAGAUUCAACUUAUAAGACUUACAUUCUGACAGCGAUACAGAACCACAGACACAAGUCAGAGGAGAUAAAAUCCAUGUCUGAUCUAGUGACUAUCAACCUUCAAGAUACAGAUCAUACGGGGAUAGGAGGUAUAUUUUCUCUGUCUGAUGAAUCUGGUAAAACACCCGGCAUCCAAACUGAAGCUGAUGUAGAGUUUGUGGACGGAUUUCAGAUAAACUCAACAGUGUAUCUGUUCUCCAACGUGGCUUCAGGAGCUAAAACCAACAAAGUCCGUCUCAUCUGGCUUCAGGCUGAAACCAGUAAAACUCAGACUCUGAAAUCUCUUCAUGGAGCGACUCUCAGAACCUCCAAUGGAGAUGAAGGCAGCAGACUGCUGGCCUCCUCAGUCAUCCCAGGUGGACAGCAGGUCCUUUGGAGCGGAGUUUUCAGUUUGGACGGAGGAGAAACCAACACCGAGCUGCUGCUGUUUGACAUAACUCCUGAUCAGAGAAUAAAACCAUUCAUAGAUCCAGACUUCUAUGACACACCAAAAAAACCAAACAACCCGUCAGAACCUGUGGCCCUGAAACCAAAGGCUGUGCUCUUUAAGCAGAACCACAUGAGCUCGGUUCUGGCAGUCCGGCUGAACGGCUGGAUGGUUUUCUUCAUUGGAACAGCAGAUGGACAGCUCAUCAAGCUUGCUGUGGACAGGAACUAUCAGCCCACCUGUCCAAAGAUCCUCUACAGAACCAGUGGAGACAACAGAGUGUUUCCGUAUCUCUAUUUGGACCCAGUGGAUCAGAAACAUGUGUAUGUGCCAUUUAAAAACCAGAUUAAGCGUCUUCCGGUGUCAAAGUGCAGCACUUAUCAAAAUGUGAAGGAUUGUCUUUCUGCACAGGAUCCAUUCUGUGUCUGGUGUGUCUCUAAACCAAGCUGCACAUUUAAAGGCGACUGCAAAGAUGCAGAGUGGUUGUCCAUCCCUGAUGAUUCCAAACAGAAAACGGUUUCUCACAGAGUUGUGAAGGACUCCACAGGAGAGAUCAAAUUAAUUAUUCAGACACACGUUACUAUGGAGCAGAAGGUUCCGACUAACUUCGCCUGUCAGUUCUCUCCAUCCUCUGGUCAGCUUUGUGGAGGACAUGGAACACGACCACAUUACCCACAAUGCACCUGCAUCCUCAACAGCACUUUUCCUGCUGAUGAUGUUAUUGUCACCAUAAAGAUGAGACUUGGAAACACAUCUCUGACAGAACAAAUAAAGAUGAUCAACUGUUCCAAUGUACAUGGGCAACCAAGUUUUCACCUGUGUCAGCGGUGUAUCAGAGCUGGGUGUGGAUGGAGACAGAACAGCUGCUCCUGGGCCAGUGAUCCAGUCCAGAACGACAGCGUUUGUGUGAACAUUGGGCAGUUUGGGAUGAACUUUUCUAAACCAGAGAUCUCCUCCAUCACUCCCAGUGUUGUGUCUUUUUAUGGCAGAAAUCAUGCUGUGUUAUCAGGUCGUAACCUCAGAGAUGUGACCAGAGUCAGGAUUCAGGCAGACAUGGGAUGUGAUCCUAAAGAAUCUCCUGUGUGGAACAACAUCGGGACCAGUCUGACGUUCCAUAUUCCAGAUAGACAAACAAAGGGCGUAGUCAAAGUUUGCGUUCUCCUUACAGACGGAAGCUGCCACAGCAACUUUGCAAUCAUGUAUCAGUCAUCCCCAAUCUGCACUGAUAUUGUACCAAGCAGCAGCUGGAGAAGUGGGAAGAGGAAGGUCACUCUUAUUGGGACACACCUGGAUUUGGUGGACAGUGUCACACACAUCAACGCCCCACAGGAAGUCAUACUUCCCAGGAACCGCAGCUCUCAGAAUCUCAUCUAUGAAACACCUGCAGCCAAAAACACAGAUUUUUCCAGCAGCGUCGUGUUUCUAAAAGUAGCCAAUCAAACGUUAACCUGCCGUACAGAAAUAGCUUACUAUCCUGACCCAGAGUUUACCAGCUUCACAGCCGUGAGGGAAGGAGAGGAUGUCCACAUCGUUGUUCAAAAAAAGGUAGAUAACCUGGAGAUGAAAACAGCUGAGUUGAAAGUUGUUGGCAUUCAGAAUGAAAAGGAAUAUCCCUGCAUCAUAAAAUCCAAAGAAAUCAGCAACAAGACAGAAACGUUUAUCUGUGAGAUCGAGGGAUUGCAUAACGCGGACUUUGAAGAAGUUAAGGUCAGUUACGGAGGUACGUCUGUAACACUGAACAAGUCAUCUUCACUAUCCGUUUUAAUUCUACUUGUCAUUCUCCUGAUUCCCAUCAUCAUUAUUGCGGUGCUUGUUUUCUACAGAAGAUGGAAGACAGAAGCAGCUCACUAUUAAGAUGAACAGGUUAAUGGAAGACCUGGAGCUCGACAUUAGGAAUGACAUUAGACAAGAUCGGUUAUGGAAAAGCAACAAAACAUCUGCAGACUUUGUCUUUAUUACAUAAAGUGCUUCUGAUUCUAUGGCUCUUGCUAAUACACUGCGUUAUUGCCGGCAAGUAUUCUGAAUGAGCAUGGCUGAUGUUGUGAUGCACUGGUUGCUUUGCACCAAUACUCAAUAACUUUUUGUUUGCAUUUCUGCAAGGAUGGUAACAUAAUGAAGUCAAUAUACUUUUCUCCUAGUCAUUGUGAUAGAAAUAAUAAUUAGUACAUUUUUAUUUGCUCCAUCAUAUAAAUCAAAGUCAAUAUUUCUACUUGUCCUUAAGUGCUGAUGAUUGUCUGUGGAAAAAAAGAGACUCAGGACUGAGACCAGCUAUGAUCAUCUGACAGUUUCUGGAAGUAGAAUUUCAAUCAACAGUGGAAUUUUCUUUUUUGUUUAAAUGCAGAUUUGUGUUUGAAAAUGCCUGAUGCUGAAUGACGUUUCCAUGGUUCUGUACCAAAUUGAACUUAAAUGUCAUGAUGAACUUCUCAAAACUCUCUCCGACCAGUACAUACCUUUAUAUUAGUGUUUUUUUUUUCAUAAUGGUGGAAUUUCCAAACUGUAAACUGAAAGUAUUAAACUAGAUUUGUACCUUU